AUGUCGUGGAUUCUGAAGAGUUUUCCAGCACUGCUCUUAUUGGUGUACUCGCACGCCGCAGAGGACGAUGAUAUUCGAGCAGGCUGCAGCACUGCUGUGAAUGACCUGGUCUACAUCAUGGACGGCUCCUGGAGUGUGGGAAGUGACGACUUUGAAACAGCCAAGCGCUGGCUAAUCAGUGUCACCAGUGGCUUCGACGUGAGUGCGCACUACUCGCAGGUGGGCGUAGUACAAUACAGUGACAUCCCAAGGUUGGAGAUCCCUCUCGGUCUCCACAAGACCACUCAAGAUCUCAUUAAAGCUAUUGAGGACAUCAGCUAUUUAGGUGGCAACACGCAGACAGGUCGUGCAAUCAAGUUUGCCGUUGACCACGUCUUUGCAUCUUCGCAACGAAGUGAAGUGAAGAACCGCAUUGCUGUGGUGGUGACUGAUGGAAAGUCGCAGGACGAUGUUAUGGAUGCUAGCGUGGAGGCGCGAGCACAAGGGAUUAAAGUGUUUGCGGUGGGCGUCGGGACGGAGAUCACCACAUCAGAGCUGGUGACCAUCGCCAACAAGCCGCAGGGUGAAUACGUGCUGUAUGCGGAGGACUACACCAAUAUCGACCGUAUCCGUGAUGCUAUGGAACAGAAGCUGUGUGAGGGUGAGAUCCGCAUGCGUGUGAGACUUCCCAUAAACCUUUACCACAUUAAAACUAGGUUUUGGCAUUACCAGUCCACUCCUGGUCGUGCAGUUCUAUCAGCAUCUUAA